UGCUCGCGUUUGCAGUGUCUCAACAACCACGUCUCAGCUAACCCCGUCCGUAUGGCACACUCCGCGUAGAAAACGAGGUCUUCAGUUACACGUGACGUAGCAGACUGUAUAGCUGCGUUCUGCGAUUUGGGAUGCUGCUAGAUGACACUCUGUCAACUGAGGAGCAAACAGAAAAAGCAGUAGAUAAAUGUCUUCUCCAACUCAAGCAGAGGAUGAUGACGUGGAAGACGUGGAGUUUGUAUCAGAGGGCACUGUCAGACGAGUAUCCGAAUGUAUUGAUCUGCUGAGUGAAAGUGAGGAUGAGGGAUGUUCAUCAUUGACAGGCAUGAUUGAAGAUAAAAUCUCCCGCCAUAAAGAGCGUGUUACAUCUACACUGGAAAGACUCGCACACCAGGUGGCCCUAGAGAAAAAGGAAAAAUCCGAUAAAUGUAGAGCGUUCAAGAAGAAGCAAAACUUACAAAGAGCUCAUGGACAGCAGGAGCUGGCUUUUAGUUCUACUAAUCGGGAAGCGAAGCACUGCGUGGACAUGUGGUUAAAGAUGCCAGGUGUUCGACCUGGAGUUAUCAGUGGUGGUUUUGGAAGAAGACACAAAGCUGCUUAUUUCCCCAGAAAUAGUUCAACUAGACACACUUGUCCAGUGAUCAACUGUGGUCGGGUUUAUGACAAUACGCCCCUUCUUGAUGGCCACUUAAAAAGGUUCGAUCACUCCCCUUGUGACCCAACCAUCAAUCUUAAAGGAUUUCCAUCUGAGCUCUUUGCCUGUGUUGCCUGUGGUCAAGACUUUCAGACUGAAGAAGCAUGGAGAAAACAUCUCGAGUCUAAGGUGUCCUCAUCUUCUGCCGAUGGUCACAGCGUCUCUCAGACCUUUCAGCGGAUCGUGUGUUUUGCCUGUCCUGCCUGCUACAUGCUCUUCAACCUCCGAGAUGAGUGUCUUCAGCACAUGUCAGCCAAAAACCACUUUGCAGAGUCCCUCGCCAUGAAUGAAACCAGAGGAGCACCACUGCCAGUUCCCGUCUCACAAUAUGUUAAGAAUCGCCUCAUCACUUUAUGCAAGGAUGUAACGUUCAAUGUCCGAUGCUCUUUAUGUCACAAAGUACUGAUCUCACAUCAGGCAGCUCAAGCUCACUUUAAUGUGCACUGCAGACAGGGUUGUGCGGUGGCCAAGGCUGAUAAAACGGUAGCGCAGGUAAUGAAACAGCUGCAAGUGCAAGGGCAGUGCUCCGUCUGCUGUAAAAUCUUCCACAGCCAAGCUGAAAUUGAGAGACACAAAGAAUCGACCCAGCAUGACGUGGAGGUCAACCACACAAUGGAGAAAGCCCUCCUUCAGUACUGCAGGUUUAGUGAAAUUCAACACACCCAGAAUGCCACAGAGGCUAAGAAGAGAAGACAAUCCACUGGCCUUGAAGAACCUUUUAAAAAAAGAAACAAGAAGAGGAGUGAAUAUGAAGAAUUUCCAGCUAAACAGAGUAAACCAAGUGUGACCAGCAGCGCUAGCAGAAACUCAGUGACAGCCUGGUUCUGCGAGUGUGGCAUACAGUUCUCAGAAGAGUCUACAGCCAGUAAGCAUCUCCUGGCUGUGAACCAAGUUUUCCAUCAGUGCGGCGUGUGUGGCAAACACAUGGGGGAGUCCUCAAUUACCCGCCUGCAUAUGAGUCGCUUUCAUGGGGGAGCUCAUUUAUCCAACUACCUCUUCUACUGCCGCAAGUGCAACGUAGAAAUGCCUCGUUAUGAAGAUAUCCUGUCUCACGUAUCGGAAACUCACAGCGGACACACCUUCUUCACUGAGCAGGAAGUGCCUGAGGAGCUCGCCACAGUCAUCAAUGCCAAGCCGUCCACCAGCAGCGAAGUCGCCCGUCAUUUGUCCUCCAAGCCCUCAGUCCAGCAGAACACAGUAGAGACGUUAAAAGCAGAGCAGACUUGGAUGUGCAGGAUGUGCGAGGACAUCUUUGACUCAGAAGGGGCCGUCCGCAAACACUGCAGUGACGUGAGCAGUCACAACUUUCAGAGAUUCAUCUGUGGACACUGCCCCCAGAGGUUCUUUAAAGAUUCCACCGUACGUAGACACUGUACCAAUGAGCACAACGGGCAGAUAAAGAGCUUUCACUUCUGCGGCCUCUGCGACAGCAUGCAGUUUGAAUCAGAGGGUGAGUUCUUGGAACACUACAAGAGUCUUCACAGUAAGGACUACUACUGUAUGGAUGAGGUUGAAGUUGUUCAGCCUGCUGUUGCUGACAGCACCAGUCGGCACAUUUGCCCAUGCAUGGGUUCAGAAAAGAGCAAAGAAGAGAUGAAAGCUACGUAUACACAAUGCAUGAGGAAUCUGUCCGCCGAAGGAAAAUGUCAGUAUGUGUGCGCUCCUUGUGGCGUAUCUGUGCCUUCCUUUGCACAGAUGAAGACUCACGUCCACACUAAGCACGCAGCCUUGAACCUGGACAAGACCUUUGACGUGCAAUGCAAAGCUUGCCAGGAGAGUUUCUCGAGUGUUCCAAGUUUCCAUAAACACCAUCACUCUCACCACUGUGCGCUGGAACCUUGCACGAGCUCCAGGACCUGUAGUAAAGACAUGAAAGCACAAGCUACCGCUGUCAAAGUACUACUCAAUGCUGUGGAGAUCACACCAGACACUAAUGAGAUUGAAGAUGAAACACUGGUGAAGUUUCUGAACAUGGGUCAGUCCAACAAAGAGAGUGAAGCAUGUGAAAAUGAGUCCGAUGAGGAGAUGAACCAUGAACCGUCUUUGAAUGCAGCAGAAGAGAGAGAGUCAGCAGAGUUGGAAGAAGCUCUUAAACGCAGUCUUCUGGAGUUUUGAGGAUGUGAUGUGAAGACCUUUUUGUGACACACUGUACAUUGACAUUUGAUUAAGAUGUUUUUGUACCAGGUAUUUGUGUUCAGAAUCUAUUAAAUAAAUAUUAUUUUAUUU